GGGUCGGCGGGCUCUAUGGGGAAAGCGGCCGCUCUGUGCCGAGGCGGCGGCUGUGGCGGCCGCGCCCGCGGACUCUCGUCGCUGUUCACGGUUGUCCCCUGUCUGUCCUGCCACACGGCGGCGCCGAGCAUGAGCGCUUCCACGCCUGGCCCCUGGCCGGAGCCCAAGCCCCAGCCCAAGCCUCAGCCCCAGCCAGUGCCGAAGCCCGAGCGGCAGCCGGUGUCGGAACAGGUGUCGGAGCCAGUUUCUGAGCCGGUGCCAAGACUGGAGCCUGUGUCUGAGAAGACGUCCGAGCCAAGGCCAGAGUCCAAACAGGGGACGGAACUGCUGCUGGGUGUGGGGCGGGGGUCAGGGCCCCGGCCAGAGUUGGGCUCAAGUGUGGGGGCUGGGCCCUGCCCCAAGGCCUCAUCAGAGCAGCUGCCGGCCCUGGGGCCAGUCGUGGAGAGUGCGCUCUGGACCAAACCCGAGCCGGGGUCGCUGCCGGCGUCAAAGCCCCCGCCGCUGCUGCGACCCGGACAGGUGAGGGCGUCUCUUGGGGUUCCAAUGUCAGGGACUGGCGCGACCUCCACGGCGCCUAAGGCCUUACUGCCUCUGGACAGCUUCAAGGGCUGGCUGCUCAAAUGGACCAACUACCUGAAAGGCUACCAGCGCCGUUGGUUCGUGCUCAGCAAUGGUCUGCUGUCUUACUACAGAAAUCAGGGUGAAAUGGCCCACACCUGCCGUGGCACCAUCAACCUGUCCACCGCGCACUUUGACACGGAGGACUCUUGCGGUAUCGUGCUAACCAGUGGGGCAAGGACCUACCACCUCAAGGCCAGCUCGGAGGUGGAGCGGCAGCAGUGGAUCACCGCCCUGGAGCUGGCCAAGGCCAAGGCUGUCCACAUGAUGAGCAGCCACUCAGAUGACUCUGGGGACGACGACGACGAGACUGCCUCUCCAGCUGACAAGAGCGAGCUACACUGCGCCAUCAAGAGCCUCUCCUUGAAGUUGGACGACCUCAGCACGUGCAAUGAUCUCAUCGCGAAGCACGGCGCCGCGCUCCAGCGCUCCCUGAGCGAGCUGGACGGCCUCAAAAUCCCCUAUGAGAGCAGCGAGAAGCUGAAGGUCGUGAAUGAGCGGGCCACCCUCUUCCGCAUCACCUCAAAUGCUAUGAUCAACGCCUGCAGAGACUUCUUGGAACUAGCAGAGAUACACAGCCGGAAAUGGCAGCGCGCCCUACAGUAUGAGCAAGAACAGCGCGUCCACCUGGAGGAGACCAUAGAGCAGCUAGCCAAGCAGCACAACAGCCUCGAACGGGCCUUCCGCAGCGCCCCCGGCCGGGCCGCCAACCCCACCAAGAGCUUCAGCGAAGGAAGCCUCUUAACUCCCAAAGGAGAGGACAGUGAGGAAGAUGAAGAUACCGAGUACUUCGACGCCAUGGAAGACUCUACAUCCUUCAUCACUGUGAUCACUGAGGCCAAGGAGGACAGAAAAGCGGAGGGUGGGACCACAGGCUCAGUGGACUGGACCUCAUCAGAUAAUGUGCUAGAUGGUGCUUCGCUUGUGCCCAAGGGCCCCCCCAAAGUCAAGAGGCGUGUCCGCAUCCCUGACAAACCCAACUACAGCCUUAAUCUCUGGAGCAUCAUGAAGAACUGCAUCGGCCGGGAGCUCUCCAAGAUCCCCAUGCCGGUCAACUUUAACGAGCCCCUGUCCAUGCUCCAGCGGCUGACGGAGGACCUGGAGUACCACCACCUGCUGGACAAGGCGGUGCACUGCACCAGCUCGGUGGAGCAGAUGUGCCUGGUGGCCGCCUUCUCUGUGUCCUCCUACUCCACCACUGUGCACCGCAUCGCCAAGCCCUUCAACCCCAUGCUGGGGGAGACCUUUGAGCUGGACCGCCUCGAUGACAUGGGCCUGCGCUCCCUCUGCGAGCAGGUGAGCCACCACCCACCAUCAGCUGCACACUACGUGUUCUCCAAGCGUGGCUGGAGCCUGUGGCAGGAGAUCACCAUCUCCAGCAAGUUCCGGGGAAAAUACCUCUCCAUCAUGCCGCUAGGUGCCAUCCACUUAGAAUUCCAGGCCAGUGGGAAUCACUACGUGUGGAGGAAGAGCACCUCGACUGUACAUAACAUCAUUGUGGGCAAGCUCUGGAUCGACCAGACAGGGGACAUCGAGAUUGUGAACCAUAAGACCCAGGACCGGUGCCAGCUGAAGUUCUUGCCCUACAGCUACUUCUCCAAAGAGGUAGCCCGGAAGGUGACAGGCGUGGUGAGUGACAGCCAGGGCAAAGCCCACUUCGUGCUGUCAGGCUCAUGGGAUGAACAGAUGGAGUGCGCCAAGAUCGUGCAAAGCAGCCCCAGCAGCCCCGGCUCGGAUGGGAAGCAGAAGACAGUGUACCAGACGCUUCCAGCCAAGCUGUUGUGGAAGAAGUACCCGCUGCCGGAGAACGCCGAGAACAUGUACUACUUCUCUGAGCUGGCCCUGACCCUCAACGAGCACGAGGAGGGCGUGGCGCCCACGGACAGCCGCCUGCGGCCGGACCAGCGGCUGAUGGAGAAGGGGCACUGGGACGAGGCCAACACGGAGAAGCAGCGGCUGGAGGAGAAGCAGCGAGUGUCGCGGCGCCGGCGGCUGGAGGCCUGCUCGCGGGGCUGUGGCACGGAGGAAGAGAAGGAGGCCGAUGUGUACAUGCCGCUGUGGUUCGAGAAGAGGCUGGACCCACUGACGGGGGAGACGGCCUGCAUGUACAAGGGCGGCUACUGGGAGGCCAAGGAGAGGCAGGACUGGCACAUGUGCCCCAACAUCUUCUGAGCGCCACCCCUACUGCAAAUACAGGCUCCUGCACAGCCUGGUCCACCUCUUCUUUAAUGCACUCAA